AUGGCUCCAUGGGCAAAGCUCCUGCUGUACGACCUUGCGGACCUGAGCUGGGAGCCUCAGCCUGCGCCACACAUACCUGCCUCUUUGGAGUUCUGCUUGGCUCAGGCAUGCCCCCAAGGGAAUCAUGAGGACCCCUCCCCAACCUUCAGCACCUUCCAGCCCAUGAACUUGACCCAGGGGAGAUGCCAGGACUUGGGUUGGGGGAGCAAGCUCAGCAUGCAGGCUCUGAAGGAACAGGAGGUUCAGCUCAAGCCCAGAGUCGCCCACUCUAUGGCUUCUGCCUCAGCCCCAGGAGCUGCCUGGGUCCUGGGGAAGACUGACAAGGAGGAAGAGGUACCUGGGAAAGGUGGCCUGUCAUUGCAAGCUGAGACCAGAGCCUGGGUUCAGAAGACCCAGGCCCACUGGCUCUUGCUCAGGACUGCCCCAGUUUGGUUCCAUGGUUUCAUCACCAGGAGGGAAGCUGAGAGGUUGCUGCAGCCCCAGCCUCAAGGAUGCUACCUGGUGCGCUUCAGUGAGAGCGCUGUGACCUUCGUCCUUUCCUACAGGAGCCGGACCUGCUGCCGUCACUUCCUCCUUGCCCAGCUAGGGGAUGGGCGUCACGUGGUGCUGGGCGAAGACAGUGCCCACGCGCAGCUUCAGGACCUGCUUCAACACUACACAGCGUGUCCCCUCAGUCCCUACGGGGAGAUGCUCACCCAGCCCCUUGCCCGCCAGACUGCUGAGCCAACUGGACUUUCCCUGAGGACUGAAUCAGACCCUGGAAGCAAAAGACAGGAGGAUGCAGACAGCCAGCACAGCCUGCUCAUCCACCAGGGGCAGACCCAGGCCCCAGCACAAAAAGAGAAAGUGUGGACCUCCCAGCCCAAGGAGACUUUACCGGCACUCAGACCCAGGCCUCCCAUCCCUGCCAAGCCUCAGCUUUCAUCUGAACUCUAUGCAAGUCCUGCUUCACGACCCCAACGGGCUCUACCCAUUAAUCCCAUCUACCAGGAGCCUGAUGAACCCAUAGCCUUCUACGCCAUGGGGCGGGGCAGCCCUGGGGAAGCCCCUAGUAAUAUCUAUGCUGAGGUAGAAGGGCCAUCAGGAACAGCAUCCAUUGGGCACCCCGUCCUCCGGAAGUGCUGGUCCAGGCCCAUCUCAGGAGGCCAGGCAAAGGGAGUACAAGAGAAGAAAAGCUCAAGAAGGCCAGCAGAAAGAGGAAGCUCCUCCUGA